CAACUCCAACUCCAUAGUACCCGAGGGUCUGAGAAAAGUAAGGGAAGACGUACAUCACCUGCUGCUGUGUUCCUCAAUAAAACCCUUUUCCAUUUCUCAAACCCUAAUUUCGCUGUGGCACCUCUGCUGAAAAUCCUUACUGUAAAUCAUGCAUACAGAAUUAGGUUUAGGUGUUCGCUGAAGCAAUUUCAGCGUGAAGAAGAAAGAGACGCUUGAGCAAGGAGUAGAAGAAGCUAUUUGCUGAAGUGGUGGUACCCUGAAAGAGCAGAGUUAGGGCCUUUUCAGUCCCUCUCAAGGUCCCAACCAUGAGUCCUAUCCAGAAUUUCGAGCAGCACUCUCGCCAUAUCAUCGAGCCCGACCUAACUAUUCAGGCCAGGCUACAGAUGGCAAUGGAGGUUAGAGAUAGUCUUGAGAUUGCACAUACCUCGGAGUACUUGAAUUUCCUAAAAUGCUACUUCCGGGCAUUCUCAGUCAUUCUCUUACAGAUUACAAAGCCCCAGUUCAUUGACAAUCAUGAGCACAAGCUUCGGAACAUUGCGGUGGAGAUCCUUAAUAGAUUACCUCAUAGUGAGGUUCUUCGCCCCUUUGUUCAGGACCUCUUGAAGGUUGCCAUGCAAGUGCUCACUACAGACAAUGAAGAGAAUGGGUUAAUUUGUAUUCGUAUUAUCUUUGAUCUUCUGAGGAAUUUUAGGCCUUCUUUGGAAACUGAAGUUCAACCUUUUUUGGACUUUGUGUGCAAGAUUUACCAGAAUUUUAGGUUGACUGUUAGCCAUUUCUUUGAAAAUGGGGCACCUGGUGUGGUGGAAGAUGUUAAGCCAAUGGAUAUAUCUUCUUCAGAACAAUCAAUUUCUAAUACUGGACACACUGGAAAUGGGCAGCUAAACCCUAGCACCCGUUCCUUUAAGAUAGUAACAGAGAGCCCUCUUGUAGUUAUGUUUCUUUUCCAAUUAUAUACUCGACUUGUUCAAACAAAUAUUCCUCACCUGUUGCCUUUGAUGGUUGCUGCCAUAUCUGUUCCUGGUCCUGAAAAAUUUCAUCCAAAUCUGAAGACCCACUUCAUUGAGUUGAAAGGUGCACAGGUUAAGACAGUUUCCUUUUUAACUUACCUGUUGAAGAGCUGUGCUGAUUAUAUCAGGCCACAUGAAGAAAGUAUAUGUAAAAGCAUUGUGAAUUUGCUUGUUACGUGCUCUGAUUCUGUAUCCAUUAGAAAGGAAUUAUUAGUUGCCUUAAAACAUGUCCUAGGGACAGAUUUCAAGAGGGGUUUAUUUCCUUUGAUUGACAAAUUAUUGGAAGAGAGAGUUCUAGUUGGAACUGGGAGGGCCUGCUUUGAGACUUUGAGGCCAUUGGCAUAUAGUCUUCUGGCAGAGAUUGUUCAUCAUGUUAGGGGCGACCUUUCACUAUCUCAGUUAUCACGAAUUAUAUACUUGUUCUCCAGUAAUAUGCAUGAUGCUUCAUUGUCACUUGGCAUUCAUACAACCUGUGCUCGGUUGAUGUUAAAUCUGGUGGAACCAAUCUUUGAAAAAGGUGUCGAUAAGCCAUCAAUGGAUGAAGCGCGGAUUCUUUUGGGGCGCAUUUUGGAUGCCUUUGUUGGGAAAUUUAGUACUUUCAAGCGUACCAUUCCUCAGUUGUUGGAGGAGGGUGAAGAGGGAAAAGAUCGUCCUACAUUGAGGUCAAAGCUAGAACUCCCUGCACAGGCUGUUUUGAAUCUGCAGGUACCUGUGGAGCAUUCCAAGGAAGUCAAUGACUGCAAGAACCUAAUCAAGACCUUGGUCAUGGGAAUGAAAACCAUUAUAUGGAGUAUCACUCAUGCACAUUUGCCCCGCUCUCAGGUUUCAUCUGCCACUCAUGGAACACACCAGCAACUGCAAGUUCAUGUUUCACCUGCCUCCAGCUUGCCAGCUCCUCAAUCAUUUAAAGGAAUGAGAGAAGAUGAGGUCUGGAAAGCUUCUGGUGUUUUAAAGAGUGGUAUACAUUGCUUACCCCUCUUCAAGGAGAAAGAUGAGGAGAGGGAAAUGAUAAAUCAAUUUUCUCAGAUUUUGGCCAUUAUGGAACCUCGAGAUCUUAUGGACAUGUUCUCGUUAUGUAUGCUUGAGCUAUUUGAGUGCAUGAUUUCCAACACUCAACUGGUUCAUAUAUUUUCAAGCCUACUGCAAGCCCCUAAAGUAUACCGGCCAUUUGCAGAUGUUUUGGUUAAUUUUCUUGUUAGCAGCAAACUUGAUGUUUUGAAGAAUCCAGAUUCACCUGCAGGCAAACUGGUUUUGCAUCUAUUUCGAUUUAUAUUUGGUGCUGUUGCAAGAGCACCUUCAGAUUUUGAACGUAUUUUGCAGCCUCAUGUGCCUGUUAUCAUGGAAGUUUGUAUGAAAAAUGCUACUGUAGUUGAGAAGCCUCUUGGUUAUUUGCAGCUUCUUCGUAUAAUGUUCAGAGCACUAGCAGGAUGCAAAUUUGAGCUAUUACUGCGAGACUUAGUUCCAAUGCUGCACCCCUGUCUAAAUAUGCUGUUAACCAUGCUCGAGGCUCCUACAGCAGAGGACAUGAAGGAUCUUUUGUUGGAGCUUUCUCUAACCUUGCCCGCCCGAUUGAGCUCCUUGUUACCACUCCUCCCCCGACUCAUGAAGCCUCUUGUUCUGUGUCUCAAAGGAAACGAUGAGCUUGUAAGCUUAGGUUUAAGAACACUUGAGUUCUGGGUGGAUAGUUUGAAUCCUGAUUUCUUAGAACCGAGUAUGGCUAAUGUGAUGUCAGAGGUGAUUUUAGCCUUGUGGUCUCACUUAAGGCCAGCACCCUACCCUUGGGGUGGAAAAGUUUUGCAACUCCUGGGCAAAUUAGGUGGUCGUAACAGACGUUUCCUCAAAGAGCCUCUUGCACUUGAGUGUAAGGAAAACCCUGAGCAUGGGCUCCGAUUGAUUCUUACAUUUGAGCCCUCAACCCCAUUUUUGGUGCCACUGGAUCGAUGCAUAAAUCUGGCCGUAGCAACUGUUAUGAACAAAAAUGCAAGCAUGGAGGCUUUCUACCGGAAGCAAGCCGUAAAAUUUCUUCGUGUUUGCUUAUCAUCUCAGCUUAACUUGCCUGGGAAUGUUGCUGAUGAGGGAUAUACACCCAAGAAAUUGUCAAAUUUGCUGGUUUCUAAUGUUGAUUCAUCACUGCGCAGGUCUGAGACAUCAGAUAUAAAGGCUGACUUGGGUGUGAAGACAAAGACCCAACUAAUGGCUGAGAAAUCAGUUUUCAAAAUUCUGUUGAUGACCAUUAUUGCCACUAGUGCAGAACCAGAUCUAAGUGAUCCCAAGGAUGAUUUUGUUGUCAAUGUUUGUCGCCAUUUUGCAAUGAUAUUUCAUAUUGACCAUAUGACAACUAAUACUUUAGCUGCAAGUGCUUCUCUUGGGGGUCCUAUUCUUUCAUCAAAUGUCAGUGCCAGUUCCAGGUCAAAAGUUAGUAGUUCUUGUAACCUUAAAGAGUUGGACCCCUUGAUCUUUUUAGAUGCUUUGGUUGAAGUGCUAGUAGAUGAAAACAGACUGCAGGCUAAAGCUGCUCUUACUGCUUUAAAUGUUUUUGCUGAAACACUCUUAUUUCUUUCUCGCACAAAACAUGCUGAUGCCCUGAUGUCAAGAGGAGGUCCAGGGACUCCCAUGAUGGUCUCUAGUCCAUCAAUGAAUCCUGUAUAUUCACCACCACCUAGUAUUCGAAUCCCAGUUUUUGAGCAACUUCUGCCCCGCCUUUUGCAUUGUUGUUAUGGAAGUACAUGGCAGGCACAAAUGGGAGGUGUUAUGGGUCUAGGUGCUUUAGUUGGAAAGGUCACUGUUGAAACUCUGUGCCUUUUCCAAGUAAAAAUUGUUCGAGGACUGGUUUAUGUUCUUAAAAGGCUGCCCAUUUAUGCUAGCAAAGAACAGGAAGAGACAAGUCAGGUUCUUACACAGGUUCUUCGUGUGGUGAAUAAUGUGGAUGAAGCAAACAGUGAACCUCGCAAGCUAGGUUUUAAAGGAGUAGUUGAGUACCUUGCCUCAGAGUUGUUCAAUGCAAAUGCAUCUAUCAUUGUGAGAAAGAAUGUACAAUCUUGUUUGGCAUUUUUGGCUAGUAGGACUGGCAGUGAGGUAUCUGAGUUGCUUGAGCCUCUGCAUCAACCUUUGCUUCAGCCUCUAAUAAUGCGUCCACUCAGGACAAAAACUGUUGAUCAACAGAUUGGAACAGUUACAGCUUUGAAUUUCUGUUUGGCCUUAAGACCCCCUCUUCUCAAGUUGACACAAGAGUUGCUUAAUUUUCUUCAAGAAGCUUUGCAAAUAGCUGAGGCUGAUGAAAAUGCAUGGAUGAUGAAGUUGAUUAACCAAAAAGCAGUCACAUCACUAAAUAAGCUUCGAACUGCUUGCAUAGAACUCCUUUGUACCACAAUGGCAUGGGCAGAUUUCAAAUCUGGAAAUCAUAAUGAAUUGCGUAGUAAGAUCAUUUCCAUGUUUUUCAAGUCUCUGACAUGUCGGACCCCAGAAAUUGUUGCUGUUGCUAAGGAGGGUUUACGGCAGGUUAUUAAUCAACAAAGGAUGCCCAAAGACCUUUUACAAACCAGCCUGCGGCCCAUACUUGUCAAUUUGGCACAUACCAAGAAUCUCAGCAUGCCUCUUCUGCAAGGUUUGGCGCGCUUGCUUGAACUCUUGUCCAAUUGGUUUAAUGUCACCUUGGGUGGCAAGUUGUUGGAGCACCUUAAGAAAUGGUUGGAACCAGAGAAACUUGCUCAGAAUCAGAAAUCUUGGAAGGCUGGUGAAGAGCCAAAAAUUGCUGCAGCUAUAAUUGAGCUAUUUCACUUGCUUCCCCUUGCUGCAUCAAAGUUUCUUGAUGAACUUGUCACCCUCACAAUUGAUUUGGAGGGAACUCUUCCCCCAGGACAAGUAUAUAGCGAGAUCAAUAGUCCAUAUCGCCUUCCGCUCACCAAAUUUUUGAAUAGAUAUGCAACACUUGCUGUUGAUUACUUCCUUGGUCAUUUAAGUGAACCAAAAUACUUCAGGCGGUUUAUGUAUAUAAUACGGUCAGAUGCUGGGCAACCUUUAAGAGAAGAACUUGCAAAGUCACCACAGAAGAUUCUUGAAAGUGCUCUUCCUGAAUAUAUGCCUAAAUCUGAUGCAGCAAUGGCUCCUGGAUCUUCAACUCCUGCUGCUUUAUUAGGGGAUGACGGCCAUGUUACUCCUUCAGCUGAUGGUUCUAAUUUGACAGUGGCAAUUUCUGGUGCCACUUCAGAUGCUUAUUUUCAAGGGCUUGCACUUAUUAAAAUAUUAGUGAAGUUGAUACCUGGCUGGCUGCAAAGUAACCGUCUUGUUUUUGACACCUUGGUACUUGUUUGGAAGUCACCAGCAAGAAUCUCUCGUUUACGGAAUGAACAGGAGCUCAAUCUAGUACAAGUGAAAGAAAGCAAAUGGCUUGUCAAGUGCUUCUUGAAUUACCUGCGACAUGACAAAAAUGAAGUUAAUGUUCUCUUUGAUAUCCUCUCCAUUUUCUUGCAUCAUAGUCGCAUUGACUAUACUUUCUUGAAGGAAUUUUAUAUCAUCGAGGUAGCGGAAGGCUACCCGCCUAACAUGAAGAAAGCGCUUUUGCUGCACUUCUUGAAUCUUUUUCAAUCAAAACAACUUGGUCAUGACCAUUUGGUAGUUGUGAUGCAAAUGCUUAUUCUUCCAAUGCUUGCUCAUGCAUUCCAGAAUGGCCAAAGCUGGGAUGUUGUUGAUCCUGGUAUUAUAAAAACCAUUGUUGACAAGCUUCUUGAUCCUCCAGAAGAGGUUUCUGCUGAAUAUGAUGAGCCUUUGAGGAUUGAGCUUUUGCAACUUGCAACUCUGCUUCUUAAAUAUCUUCAGAAUGAUCUUGUUCAUCAUAGGAAAGAACUUAUAAAGUUUGGUUGGAAUCACCUCAAACGUGAAGAUAGUGCCAGUAAGCAGUGGGCAUUUGUGAAUGUUUGCCACUUUUUGGAGGCCUAUCAAGCUCCAGAAAAGAUUAUUCUACAGGUUUUCGUUGCACUUCUCAGAACUUGCCAGCCAGAGAAUAAAAUGUUGGUCAAGCAGGCCCUUGAUAUCCUAAUGCCAGCAUUGCCAGGAAGGUUACCUUUGGGGGAUUCUCGCAUGCCAAUUUGGAUAAGAUACACCAAAAAGAUUUUGGUUGAGGAAGGUCACUCAAUCCCUAAUUUGAUUCAUAUUUUUCAGCUUAUUGUCCGCCAUUCAGAUUUAUUUUACAAUUGCAGAGCACAAUUUGUGCCUCAGAUGGUAAAUUCUCUCAGUAGGCUAGGAUUGCCAUAUAAUACUACAAUAGAAAACAGGCGUCUUGCCAUUGAACUUGCUGGAUUGGUGGUUGGUUGGGAAAGACAAAGGCAAAAUGAAAUGAAAGUUGUUACUGAUAGUGAUGUCUCAAGUCAGAUUACUGAUGGGUUUAACUCUGGUUCUACUAGUGCUGAUCCUAAGCGUCCAAUUGACAGCUCCACAUUUCCUGAAGAUCCAAGUAAGCGAGUUAAAGUUGAACCUGGUCUUCAAUCCCUGUGUGUCAUGUCACCUGGUGGUGCAUCGAUUCCCAACAUAGAAACCCCUGGACCUGCCAGCCAACCUGAUGAAGAAUUUAAGCCAAAUGCUGCUAUGGAAGAGAUGAUUAUCAAUUUUCUUAUACGAGUUGCCUUAGUCAUUGAGCCUAAGGACAAGGAAGCAAGUGCAAUGUAUAAACAAGCUUUAGAUUUACUUUCGCAAGCUUUAGAGGUGUGGCCAAAUGCCAAUGUCAAGUUCAAUUAUUUAGAGAAACUUCUGAACAGUAUUCAGCCAUCUCAGUCAAAGGACCCUUCAACAGCUCUUGCUCAAGGCUUGGAUGUUAUGAAUAAGGUUUUGGAAAAGCAGCCUCAUCUAUUCAUUAGAAAUAACAUCACUCAGAUUAAUCAGAUUCUUGAACCCUGCUUCAAGCUUAAAAUAUUAGAUGCCGGGAAGUCAUUGUGCUCCUUGUUGAAGAUGGUCUUUCUUACUUUUCCUUUGGACGUGGUUACUACACCAGUGGAAGUAAAAUUGUUAAAUCAGAGGGUUGAUGACCUUAUACAGAAGCAGAUUAACACUGUAACAGCUCCUCAGGCAACAAGUGAAGAUAACUCUACAAUUGCAAUUAGCUUUGUGCUGCUUGUGAUUACCACUUUGGUAGAGGGGCACAAGAGCAUUGAUCCUCAGAUUUUGGUUCGUAUCCUACAACGAUUGGCCCGUGACAUGGGAUCAUCAGCAGGCUCUCAUUUGAGACAAGGUCAACGAACAGAUCCUGAUUCUGCAGUUACUUCAUCUCGUCAAGGUGCUGAUAUUGGUGCAGUCAUCUCUAAUCUAAAGUCUGUGCUGAAACUUAUCAGUGAAAAGGUCAUGUGUGUGACAGAGUGCAAAAAAUCUGUAAGUCAGAUCUUGAAUGCCUUGCUCUCAGAGAAGGGAACUGAUGCUAGUGUGCUUCUUUGUAUUGUGGAUGCAAUAAAAGGUUGGAUUGAAGGUGAAUCCAGCAAACCAGGAACACCAAUCGGUUAUGUUGCUGUUUUCACACCAAAGGAAAUUGUCUCUUUGCUCCUGAAGCUUUCUCAGGUUGAUAAGCAAAACUUCUCCCCUACUGCUUUGGAAGAGUGGGAUAGAAAAUAUCUUCAUCUUCUUUAUGGAAUUUGUGCAGAUUCAAAUAAAUUCAGCUACCCUCCGUCCCUACCUCAAGAGGUAUUUCAGAAGGUGGAAAGGCAAUACAUGCUUGGCCUUCGAGCAAAAGAUCCUGAAAUUCGGAUGAAAUUCUUCUUACUAUAUCAUCAGUCCCUUGAGAAAACUUUGUUCACAAGGUUGCAGUUUAUUAUCCAACUUCAGGACUGGGAAGCUUUAAGUGAUGUCUUCUGGCUCAAGCAGGGUCUUGAUCUCCUUUUAGCAAUCUUGGUGGAGGAUAAGCCUAUUACACUUGCUCCAAAUUCUGCAAGAGUUCUACCACUUGUUGGUCUAGGCUCAGUUCCAGAUAACUCUGGUAUGCAGCACCAGGUCACUGAAGUUCCAGAGUGUUCUGAGGAAGCUCCCUUGACACUUGAUAACCUUGUUUCAAAGCAUGCACAAUUUCUGAAUCAAAUGAGCAAACUUCAGGUGGCUGAUCUUGUUAUUCCAUUGAGAGAGCUUGCCCACACAGAUGCAAAUGUUGCCUACCAUUUAUGGGUUUUGGUAUUUCCCAUUGUCUGGGUUACCUUACAGAAGGAAGAGCAGGUGCAUCUCGCUAAACCAAUGAUAACUCUUCUUUCAAAGGAUUAUCAUAAGAAGCAGCAAGCUAGCAGACCAAACGUUGUUCAAGCCCUUCUGGAAGGGCUUCAACUGAGCCAUCCUCAACCACGGAUGCCUAGUGAACUCAUCAAAUAUAUUGGAAAAACUUAUAAUGCAUGGCACAUUGCAUUGGCUCUGCUGGAAAGUCAUGUCAUGUUGUUCCAAAAUGAUACCAAGUGUUCUGAAUCUCUGGCUGAGCUGUAUCGUUCACUCAAUGAAGAAGAUAUGAGGUGUGGAUUGUGGAAGAAAAGGUCAGUCACUGCAGAAACCAGAGCUGGGCUUUCAUUAGUUCAGCAUGGUUACUGGCAGCGGGCUCAAGGUCUCUUUUACCAAGCGAUGGUUAAGGCAACUCAAGGCACUUAUAAUAACACUGUACCUAAAGCUGAAAUGUGUCUCUGGGAAGAGCAAUGGCUUUAUUGUGCCACUCAACUUAGCCAGUGGGAUGCAUUGGUAGAAUUUGGGAAGAACGUUGACAAUUAUGAAAUACUACUUGAUUGCCUCUGGAAAUUGCCUGAAUGGGCAUAUAUGAAAGAUCAUGUAAUCCCAAAAGCUCAAGUAGAAGAAACUCCCAAACUUCGUCUCAUUCAAGCCUUUUUUGCUCUCCAUGAUAGGAAUUCUAAUGGUGUCGGGGAUGCUGAAAGUAUUGUUGGAAAAGGUGUUGAUCUUGCUUUGGAACAGUGGUGGCAAUUGCCUGAAAUGUCUGUUCACUCAAGGAUUCCUCUUCUGCAGCAAUUUCAGCAGUUGGUUGAAGUUCAAGAAUCUGCUAGAAUUCUUCUGGAUAUUGCCAAUGGGAACAAAAGUUCUGGAAGUUCUGUUGGUCAUGGAAAUCUUUAUGCUGAUCUCAAGGACAUCCUUGAGACUUGGAGACUUAGAACUCCAAAUGAAUGGGAUAACAUGUCUGUCUGGUAUGAUUUGCUCCAGUGGAGGAAUGAAAUGUAUAAUGCUGUUAUAGAUGCAUUCAAAGAGUUUGGCACCUCCAAUCCACAACUUCAUCAUCUUGGUUAUCGUGAUAAAGCAUGGAAUGUCAAUAAGCUUGCUCGCAUGGCUCGUAAGCAAGGUCUUUAUGAUGUAUGUGUGACAAUUCUUGAGAAGAUGUAUGGUCACUCAACUAUGGAAGUGCAGGAGGCCUUUGUUAAGAUAAGAGAACAGGCAAAGGCAUAUCUGGAAAUGAAGGGAGAACUUGCCAGUGGUCUCAAUUUGAUCAACAGCACUAAUCUGGAAUAUUUUACUGUGAAACACAAGGCAGAAAUAUUCCGUCUCAAAGGGGACUUUCUAUUAAAGCUGAAUGAAUCUGAAGAUGCUAAUGGUGCAUACUCCAAUGCAAUCUCCCUCUUCAAAAAUUUGCCUAAAGGAUGGAUAAGCUGGGGAAAUUAUUGUGACAUGGCUUAUAAAGAUAGUCAAGAUGAGAUUUGGUUAGAAUAUACUGUUAGCUGCUUUCUUCAAGGCAUUAAAUAUGGUGUUUCCAGUUCAAGAAGCCAUCUAGCUCAUGUUUUGUAUCUCCUCAGUUUUGAUACUCCCAAUGAACCUGUAGGCAGGGCAUUUGAUAAGUUCAUAGACCAAAUUCCCCACUGGGUUUGGCUGUCUUGGGUUCCUCAGUUAUUACUUUCCUUGCAAAGGACAGAGGCUCCUCAUUGCAAACUUGUUCUACUAAAAAUUGCUACCAUGUAUCCUCAGGCUCUGUAUUACUGGCUUCGUACAUAUUUGCUUGAACGCCGAGAUGUUGCAAAUAAAUCAGAAUUAGGUAGGAUUGCGAUGGCUCAGCAAAGAAUGCAACAAAAUGUCUCUGGUACCACUGCUGGUUCUCUUGGGCUAGCUGAUGGAAGUGCUAGAGUUCAUGCUGGGGGCAGUUUAACCCCAGACAAUCAAGUUCAUCAAGGAACCCAAUCUGGUGCUGGAAUUGGAUCCCAUGAUGGUGGAAACUCUCAUGGGCAAGAACCUGAAAGGUCUAAUGUAACAGAAAGUAGUUUGCAUGCAGGGAAUGAUCAACCUCUGCAGCAUAGUUCUUCAACCAUCAAUGAUGGUGGACAAGGUACAAUGAGGCGCAAUGGUGCUUUAGGUUUGGUUGCUUCUGCUGCCAGUGCUUUUGAUGCUGCUAAGGAUAUAAUGGAGGCUCUUAGAAGCAAGCACACUAAUUUGGCUAGUGAACUUGAGAUUCUUUUAACAGAGAUCGGUUCAAGGUUUGUUACCCUUCCUGAGGAGAGACUCCUUGCAGUGGUUAAUGCUCUGCUGCACCGGUGUUACAAGUAUCCAACGGCUACUACAGCAGAAGUUCCCCUGUCUCUCAAGAAAGAGCUGUCAGGUGUUUGCAAGGCUUGCUUCUCUGCAGAUGCAGUAAACAAGCACGUAGAUUUUGUUAGAGAGUACAAGCAAGAUUUUGAAUGUGACCUUGAUCCAGAAAGCACAACAACUUUUCCAGCCACACUUUCUGAACUGACAGAGAGAUUGAAACGUUGGAAAAAUAUUCUCCAGAGCAAUGUUGAGGACAGGUUCCCAGCUGUCCUGAAGCUGGAGGAGGAAAGCAGGGUGUUGAGGGACUUCCAUGUGGUUGAUGUGGAGAUUCCAGGGCAGUAUUUUAGUGAUCAGGAAAUUACACUUGACCAUACAGUAAAGUUAGAUCGGGUUGGAGCUGACAUACCAAUUGUACGAAGGCAUGGAAGCAGUUUCCGUCGUUUGACUCUUAUUGGCUCUGAUGGUUCUCAACGUCAUUUUAUUGUCCAGACAUCUUUGACCCCUAAUGCUAGAAGUGAUGAACGCAUACUGCAGCUCUUCCGCAUAAUGAACCAGAUGUUUGAUAAGCACAAGGAAUCUAGACGUCGCCAUAUAUAUAUUCACACACCCAUUAUAAUUCCUGUUUGGUCGCAGGUCCGCAUGGUUGAAGAUGAUUUAAUGUACAGCACAUUCCUUGAGGUUUAUGAAAACCACUGUGCAAGGAAUGACCGAGAAGCAGAUCUCCCCAUUACCUAUUUCAAGGAGCAAUUAAACCAGGCAAUAUCUGGCCAAAUUUCAGCUGAUGCCGUUCUGGAUCUUCGCAUUCAAGCAUACAAUGACAUUACAAAAAAUUUAGUUACUGACGGGAUCUUUUCCCAGUACAUGUACAAGACCUUGCUAAGUGGCAACCACAUGUGGGCUUUUAAGAAGCAGUUUGCCAUCCAGUUGGCCCUUUCAAGUUUCAUGUCUUUCAUGCUACGGAUUGGGGGAAGGUCACCAAAUAAGAUCUUAUUUGCUAAGAACACUGGGAAAAUAUUCCAGACGGAUUUUCAUCCUGCAUAUGAUGCGAAUGGAGUGAUUGAAUUUGGUGAACCAGUGCCAUUCCGUCUGACAAGGAACAUGCAGGUUUUCUUCUCUCAUUUUGGAGUGGAAGGGCUUAUCGUAUCUGCCAUGUGUGCAGCAGCACAGGCUGUGGUCUCCCCUAAACAAAGUCAGCACUUAUGGUACCAGUUAGCCAUGUUCUUCCGGGAUGAGCUUCUAUCAUGGUCUUGGAGAAGACCACUUGGGAUGCAUCCUGCUUCUGUUGCUGGAGGAGGUGGUUUGAAUCCUGCUGACUUCAAGCAUAAGGUUACUGCCAACGUGGAUAAUGUUAUUGAACGUAUCACUGGAAUAGCCCCUCAGUUCUUCUCUGAAGAGGAGGAGAGUAUGAGUGACCCUCCACAGUCGGUGCAGAGAGGUGUCAAUGAAUUGGUUGAAUCUGCCCUGACACCUAGGAACUUGUGCAUGAUGGAUCCAACGUGGCAUCCCUGGUUUUGAUGAAUGCAGUUCAGCUCUCGCAAAUAAGUUGCUCGUACAUAUGUUUAGAGAGUCUUGUUAUUAUUUUUGGAUUUGAGUUCUAAAACCAAAUUGCUGGAGAAGAUAUGCAUAUGCAAUUUAUGAAUCCAAAAGCAAAUUGGUAAUCAAUUUCAGUUAAUCGC